AGUGAAAGCGGAUGGCACCAGCAUUGGGGUUAUGUGUGCUUGCUAGGAGGUGGUGCUGUGAGCUGGCGCAGCAAGAAGCAAAAUGAGAUGGGAUUGUCUUCAUGUGAGACUGAGUACAUGGCCUUACACCAUGGGGCCAAGGAAGUGGUAUGGCUGAGGCGUUUGUUGGAGGAGUUGGGAGUUGUUUGGGAAUGUGUUCUGUGUUAUUUUUGUUUGAGCAGGUAUUUGUGAUGAUAGAUCUUGAGAAGAUCUUUCCGACGCAACGAGAAUCCCUUCAACCGGAGCAAGAACGCGAAAGCUAUGAAGAUUCAAAGUUCAUGAGCUUGCGUUACAAUUGCGGCGGUUACAAAGUGAAGUUGUGGGGUGACUUUAUAUGGAGUUGGGACCUUUGGGGUUGGGGAAAUUUGUCACUCUACUGUAACAGCUGCAAAUUGGUUGGGAACAACCAAGCUAGGUUGGCAAGGGUGGCCAACUUGGAUGGAUUGGUUGGGAAGGGACAAAGGUCAAAGUUGAGGUUCCUAUAGGGAGGGAAUCUUUGUGCUUAUGGGGUUUCCUUGGUUGGGGACUCUCUUGGGACCUUCCCUCUCAUCUCUCUCUUCUAUCCCAACCUUUCUCUUGCUCCUCCAAUUCCUUGUGAGAUUCUUGAACUUUGAUUGAACCUUUUGAGAUUGAGUUAAGUUCUCCUCCUACAGCUUACCCCUCAGUGCGUCGAAAGACAUAGCGUCGCGAAUACUUCAUCAAUCGACGUGAUUCAAAUUGGGAACGGUAGCUGAGAUUCAGAGCUACAACAUGUCCAAGUUUCGCGACAUUCCAACGGCUAGGUUUUUGUCGACGUCGUUUCUUGUGAAGACGACUUUUCUGUCCAGAAUUUCGGAUUUAUAUUUUGAGUAUUUCUAGCUCCUAAGCACACCUAGACUCCGUCCUUAGUCCUAACAAGUGGUAUCAGAGCGAUAUUAAGGACAUUGAGAGGAGUCUACAGAAGUGUGAAGACCCUUCUAGACCCACCAUGGCCUGUGGGUGUGCCUAAGUGGUGUUCUAAAGGUUGGAUGUGUCUUCCGCUAAGGGGAAACUCUGCCGAAAUUUCGUGGACGCCGACACUUGUGAAAAUAUCGAGGGAGCUGAGUGUGGACAGCAAAGGGGAGCUGAAAUUCGUCAUUUCUCAAGAAGGAGAUGAAUGAGAGAGGAGGAGAUGCUAAUGGAAGAGGAGCUGUAGCUGAGAAGACAAGUGAGCCGCCGCCAUCAAAACAAGAUCAAUGGACACCUGAGUGGCUAAGGCAGCAGAUUCUGCAGGAGGACUUCCGCAGACGCCAUGUGGGAGGCGGUGCUGCCACUAAGACUGCUGAGGGGUAUGGAGCUGCAAGGCGCGGCAGAGGAAGAGGGGGUUGGAGAGGCCGAGGCCGUGGGAGAAGCUUUGGCAGAGGUAGAGGCCGAGGUGACUAUAAUGAGGGGCAUGGGAGCUCCAGUGGCAGGGGGAGUACCAGAAUGGAGGGCACCUGCUGGUACUGCAAGAAGGUUGGGCAUCCUUGGUUCAAGUGCUUCAGCCGGCCGGAGGGAUGGUCACCUCCAGGCAUGAAGCCGCCAAGUGGUGAACGCGCACAAGGUGGCGCUGUGCAAGGCUCAGGUGCACAAGGUGAAGGUGCACAAGGUAACGCCUAUCCUGGGAUGUAUCUCAUGGUUGAGGAUGUGCAUGGGCAUGAGGGUGAUGUGGGAUCUGUGGGAAAGGUUGUGAUGCACCCUCUCACGCACUGGGUGAUUGAUUCGGGUUGCACCAGUCACAUGACUCCACGGGCAUAUUUGCUUGAUGAGGUAAAACCCCCUGGGAAGAUUAAGUAUGUGGCAGCAGCGUCAGGUGCUUUGCUCCCCGUGAUUGGUGUUGGGAAUGCCAAGGUUAAGGGAGCUAAUGGGGAGCUUGUGGGGCUUGGGAAUGUUCUGCUGGUUGAAGGCUUGUCUGCUAACCUUCUCUCUGUGCGACGACUGCAGAAGAGCAAGGCCGAAGUGACCUUUGGACCAACCAGCUGCCGUGCUAAGCUUGGGAAGAAGAUGCUGUGGAGUCUGGAAGAGGAGACCAGCUGCAUCAAGGACCUGUGGCAGCUGCCCAUCAUCCCAUGGAAUGGGAAGACUCCAACAGCAGCAACGGCAGCAGCGGCAAAGGCAACAGCAGGAGGAGAUGCAACUGCACCAACUGAUGGGGUCCUGGAAGCAGUCAAGAAAGUGCAGCAGCAGCAGACACAUGGUGAGGUGCUUGCUGGUGUGGAUGCGAGUGCGGCAUGGGCUAAGGCUUCAUCAAAGAGUGGAGAGGCCGAUUGGGAGACAUGGCAUGAGAGGCUGUGUCAUGUGAACUUCCCUAUGCUGCAAAAGUUGGUGAAGGAUGGGAGCCUGAAGGGCUUGGAGGUGAAAGGGGGAGUGAAGGAGAUUGGGAGCUGCCCUACAUGCUUGGAGACCAAGUUCUCCAAGUUCCCCUUCAACAGCACUACAGGACCAGCCAAGACCCCACUUGCACUUAAGUUGACAGUGUCAAGGGAUGUGAAGUUUCUUGAGUCCCUGUACUACAAGGAAUGGAAGCAGCAGCAACAGAAGCUUCCAUCUAUACCGCUCAUUGUGGAGGCACAUGAGGUGCAGCAGUCUUCAAGACAGGUGGAGGUUGCAGUGUCAGAGGAGGAGAUGUCUGGGGUGACUGAGGAAGGGGGAGCAGCUGAAGUAGAGCAGCAGCAGCAGCAGCAGCAUGAGUCUCCACCUCGAGUUCCACACCCGCCUGAGCGUCCUAGGAGGGAUGUGCGCCCUCCAGUGAGGCUGACCUAUGGGGGAAGAGGCAAGCCGAAUGUGGUGCAGGCUGGGAGUGUGGUUGAGCAGAUUGAGGAAGAUGAGAUCGCUCACUGCUACUGGGCACCAAUCCCUGAGCCCAAGACUCGAGAAGAGGCCUUGAAUGGACCAGAUGGGGAGAAGUGGAAGGCGAGUGAGGAUGAGGAGUUCGGGUCCCUGAUUGAGAACGAGACAUGGGACCUGUGUGACUUGCCUCCUGGAAAGAAGGCAAUCACUUCCAAGAUGAUCUACAGGCACAAGUAUGGACCUGAAGGGGAGCUGACCCGCUACAAGUCUAGGCUUGUGGCACGGGGGUUUCAGCAGACAAAAGGGAAGGACUAUGAUGAGGUGUUUGCUCCUGUGGGGAAAGGAACAACACUGAGGGUGCUGUUGGCGAUAGCUGCACUCCUGGGAUGGAAGAUACGGCAGAUGGACAUUGUGACUGCCUUUCUGAAUGGGAUCAUUCUGGAGGAGGUGUACAUGAAGCAGCCAGAGGGGCUGAAUGAUGGGAGCGGCAGGGUCUGCAGGCUGAAGAAGGCAAUCUAUGGCCUUAAGCAGGCGCCUCGUGCAUGGUAUCACAAGUUGGAGGAGGCGCUGGUGGCUGGGGGUUUCAAGAAGAGUGAGUGUGACCCCAGCCUGUUCCUGCUGCAGGAGAAGGACGAAAUCCUCAUGCUCUUGGUCUUCAACUCAGUGAAAGCGGAUGGCACCAGCAUUGGGGGUUAUGUGUGCUUGCUAGGAGGUGGUGCUGUGAGCUGGCGCAGCAAGAAGCAAAAUGAGAUGGGAUUGUCUUCAUGUGAGACUGAGUAUUUGUGAUGAUAGAUCUUGAGAAGAUCUUUCCGACGCAACGAGAAUCCCUUCAACCGGAGCAAGAACGCGAAAGCUAUGAAGAUUCAAAGUUCAUGAGCUUGCGUUACAAUUGCGGCGGUUACAAAGUGAAGUUGUGGGGUGACUUUAUAUGGAGUUGGGACCUUUGGGGUUGGGGAAAUUUGUCACUCUACUGUAACAGCUGCAAAUUGGUUGGGAACAACCAAGCUAGGUUGGCAAGGGUGGCCAACUUGGAUGGAUUGGUUGGGAAGGGACAAAGGUCAAAGUUGAGGUUCCUAUAGGGAGGGAAUCUUUGUGCUUAUGGGGUUUCCUUGGUUGGGGACUCUCUUGGGACCUUCCCUCUCAUCUCUCUCUUCUAUCCCAACCUUUCUCUUGCUC